GGCCAGGAUCACACCAGCAGCUGCUUCCCUAGCAGAGCCCUGAGUAGCACCCACCCGACCUGUGUCCCACGGCAUUCACACCGUCACUCCCCGAAAUGCCUGUGGACUUCACUGGAUACUGGAAGAUGCUCAGCAACGAGAAUUUCGAAGAGUACCUGCGUGCCCUUGAUGUCAAUGUGGCCUUGCGCAAAAUCGCUAACUUGCUGAAGCCGGACAAAGAGAUCGUGCAGGAAGGCGACCACAUGAUCAUCCGCACACUGAGUACCUUCAGGAACUACAUCAUGGACUUCGAGGUGGGCAAGGAGUUCGAGGAGGACCUGACCGGCAUAGAUGACCGCAAGUGCAUGACCACGGUGAGCUGGGACGGCGACAAGCUCCUGUGCGUGCAGAAGGGCGAGAAGGAGGGGCGCGGCUGGACCCAGUGGGUCGAGGGUGACGAGCUGCACCUGGAGAUGAGAGCGCAGGGAGUGGUCUGCAAGCAAGUGUUCAAGAAGGUGCACUGAGUCCCCAACUGACAGUCCUGGUCUCGAGGAAAGGGUGGCGUGGAACCAUGGGCUGGAUCUUCCUCUGCACAGCAAAGGCAGAAAUAUCCGGCCACCCCACCACGAGGCAACCAUUAGCAGAGCCUGUCUCUGCUUUGUCUCUUCAUAUUUUUUUUUAAACUGCAGUCAUCCCAAUAAAAGUGGUCUCUGUUGCAGUGU